AUGAAACAACUUUGCACGGGCAAUGGGAAGGUUGCUGCUGCAGUUGCUGCAGUUGCUGCUGCUACAACACCAACAGCUGCAGCAAGACAGAAGCUGGUGACAGCAGCGGCUGCAGUAGCAACAGCAACAAGGGCAUUUACGACUGCAGCAGCAGGAACAGCAGCAGCAGGAGCAGCAGCAACAGCAGCAUCAGCAGCAGCAGAUACGGGCACAUCUUCGGGAGGAGCAAUCCUUCUGCCGCAGCAUAGAAGUAGCUGCGGGAAUGAGCAGCAGCAGCGACAGCAGCAGCAACCACAGCAUCGGCAACUGCAGAGUUGGCAGCAGCAGCAGCAGCAACAGCAGCAGCAGCAGCAGCAGCAGCAUCGUGGUCUCAUCCAAGUUGACUUGGAGAGCCGAAAGGGGCAGAAGCUUAUCCGCUCUGUUGGUGCUCUUAUGCUGCAGAGGAAACGGCAGCAGCAGCAGCAGCAAAACUUGCAGCAAGGGCAGCAGCAGCAGCAGCAGCAGCAGCAGCAGCGAACUCCAAGAGUGCCAUUUACACCUCGUGGGCGUUUUUCAGGCGUCGUUCGAGCAGCAGCAUCAGCAGCAGCAGCUGCUGCUGCUGCUCCAAGUGCAGCAAAUGCAGCAGCAAAUGCAGCAGCAGCGCCAAUGACUGUGCUACCAGGAACAGCAGCAGCAAGAAGAGCAGCAGCAGCAGCAUUUGCUGCUGCUAUGCCCGCAGGUUUAUCUCCUCUAGUAAAGGCUGAGGUGUCAAGACACUGCAUGGCUGUCUUGCUGCAGUUGCUGCAGCAGCAAAAGGCAUCUACUGCUGCUGGUGCUGCUGCUGCUGGCUCUGUUGCUGCUGCUGCUGCUCCUAAGGGGAGUGUAUGCGAGGUAGCCCGCUUCCCGCUGCUGGGGGCCUUCCUGCAUGAUGUUGCUGCAGCAGAGCAUCAGCUGCUGCUGCAGCAGCAACAACAGCAGCAACUCAGCAAAGGGGCAACAACAAGGAGGAGCAGCAGAUUGCUGCAGCUACAGCAGGAGCUGGAGAUACACCGCAGCAAGUUCUUUAGUGAGCAGCGCAGGAACGACAUCGAAGGGAUUCAAGCAGCAGCAACUGCAGCAGCAACUGCAGCAGCAACUGCAGCAGCAGUAGACGCCAGCACCGCCGGAAGCAAGUUGCUGCCAAGGCCUCUCUGUUUGCUGCUGCAGCAGCUGCUGCGGCGAGCAGCAGCACGAGCCUCCUUAGGAGACAUCGACCAUUUGCUGCAGCUGUACGUGACCAGUGGUCAGCUGCACCUCUUGCAUGCAGCACAGUGCAGCAACAGCAGCAGCAGCAGCAGCAAAUCCCUGCACGCAGCAGAGGGAGACACCUCAUGGCUGCACGAAGCGUUUGCGCCGGACGUGCUGCUGCUGCUGCUGCAACGAACGCUACGACUCCUGAAGAAGCAGCAGCGGCAGCAGCAGCAGCAGCAGCAGGAAGAAGUGCCACCGAUUCAACCAACUGCAGCGCGUGUUGUGCUGCUGUCAGCUGCAGCAGCACGCACAUGCAGCGAUCUGGCAGCAGCAACAGCAGCAGCAGCAACAACAACAGCAGAAACUGCAGCAGAUGCACCAUCUUUAUUGGCAGCAGCAGCAGCAGCAAUAGCAGCAGAGCUGCAGCAGCUGCCGCUGCCCACUAAAGGGGAACCAGCAAGAGACCCAACUCUCCCUGCAGCAGCAGCAACACCAGUAGCAGCAACAACAGCAGCAGCAGCAGCAACACCAGCAAUAGCAGCAGCCGUGCCACUGGACACUGUAGAUGAAGCAGUGCUAGGAGCUCCUACAGCAGCAGAUGCUGCCGUUGCUGCUGCUGCUGCUGGUACUUCUGCUGCUGCUGCUGCUGCUGCUGAAGGUUAUUAUGCAUGCAGCACUCGCCACGGUCGCCAGGUGCUGCGUCGCUGCUGGCGCCUGUUGCUGCAAAUGCAGCAACUGCAGCGGGAGCAGCAGCAGCAGCAGCGGACCCUUCUUCCCCGAGUGUCACCGCUGCAGCAGCAGCUGCUGCUGCUGCAGCAGACAGGAGACACAAAAAAGGUAAGAGGGAAUCUCUUUGCUAUGCCGCUGCCGCAGCUGCUGAAGUUAAUGUACACAGUCAUCAACAGACUGCUGGGGCAGCAGCGGAAGCAGCAGCAGCAGCAGCAGGAACAGCAGCAGCAACAACAACAACAGGAAGAGCAGGAGGACCAGCAGGAGCAGCAAGAACAACAGCAGCAGUUACAGUUACAGCAGCAACAGCAACAGCAACAGCAGCCGCACCAGCAUAACGAAGUGCAGCUACACAACCAGCCGCAGCAGCAGGAACAGCAGCAGCAUGAGGAACUGCAACAGCAGCAGCAGCAGCCGGUUGCAGCAAAGGGGCUAGGGCGUCGGUUGCUGCAGCAGCGUCUGCUGCAGCAAGACACUAAAGGAGAGAAGCAUCGACUGCAGCAGCUCCCGCAGCACAUGCUGCUGCUACAGCGGCAGCAGCAGCAACAGCUGCUGCUGCUGCUCGCGGCCCACGUGCUGCUGCUAAAACUGCGCAGCAGCAGCAGCAGCAACAGCAGCAGCCGCCCACCGAAGCGGCACCUCGUGUGCUGCGUCCAUGCCCUAUCCCGUCUACAGCGUGCUGCAACACAGCAGCAGCAGCAACAGCAGCAGCAAGGGCAGCAAGCUAUUCCAGCAGCAGCAGUAGCUUAUAUUGGUCCCCUUAGUUUGCUGCUGCUGCUGCAGCUGCCGCAGCAGCAAAUACGUUCGUUGUCUCUAAAACACUUCGUGUGUCUCUUCGAUGCUGCUGCGCAUUUGCUGCCGCUGCUGCUGCAUUUGCUGCAGCAAGCAAGCAUACAAACCGCAUGCAUUACUACUGCUGCAGCACCGGCACUCUCCAUACCUGCUGCUGCUGCUGCUGCUGCUGCUGCACCAACCAGCCCAACACCAGCUGCUUCUGCGGCACCAGCCCUCUCAGCACCUGCUGCUGCUGCUGCACCAGCACCAGCUUGCUCAGCACCUGCUGCUGCUGCUGCUGCUGCUGCUGCAGCAAGCGAGCUGGCAACAGCGCAAAUUGUGCUGUACAGACACCUUAAGGAGCUGCAGCAAGUUGCUGCUAGUCUCCUAAGUGUAUGUGUCUCCUUUGAGCAGCAAACCCUUCCCCGUGCUGCUGUCCCUGCAUUAGGUGCAGCAGCACGCAGCGUCCUGCAGCAACUGCAGCACCAGGCGCUGCUGCUGCAGCAGCAGCCACAGCAGCAGCAUACAGGUGUAUAUGCAGCUCUAUCUCGUGCAGCAAGAAGGAAACUUUGUGGGUCUGCUGCUGAUGCCCUGCAGCAUCUGUUUUGUGCUGCUGAUGUUGCUGCUCUUGCUGCUUCAUACGAAGAGCUUGUUGCUGCUGCUGCUGCUGCUGCUGCACCUAAUGCAGCAGCAGCAGCAGCAGCAGCAGCAAAACCUGGCUAUUUAACUUAG